UCAUUAGGUGUAAACACGUGCUGUUGUCUACGCCCUAGGAUACCCAGUUCCACUGGCUUUGGACACAUUUGGGGGUUACAAUGCCACCCCCCGUGGACAUCGUCAAGGUGGCCAUAGAAUGGCCAGGAGCCUACCCAAAACUGAUGGAAAUCGAUCAGAAGAAACCACUGUCUGCAAUAAUAAAGGAAGUCUGCGAUGGGUGGUCUCUUGCCAACCAUGAAUAUUUUGCACUGCAGCAUGCAGAUAGUUCAAACUUUUAUAUCACAGAAAAGAAUCGCAAUGAGAUAAAAAAUGGCACUAUCCUUCGGUUAACCACAUCUCCAGCUCAAAAUGCUCAGCAGCUCCAUGAACGGAUUCAGUCGUCAAGUAUGGAUGCCAAGCUAGAAGCCCUGAAAGACUUGGCCAGCCUCUCCCGGGAUGUCACGUUUGCCCAGGAAUUCAUUAACCUAGACGGCAUCUCUCUCCUCACCCAGAUGGUUGAAAGUGGAACCGAACGAUACCAAAAAUUGCAGAAGAUCAUGAAGCCUUGCUUUGGAGACAUGUUGUCUUUCACUCUGACUGCAUUUGUGGAGCUGAUGGAUCAUGGCAUUGUGUCGUGGGAUACAUUUUCAGUGGCGUUCAUUAAGAAGAUAGCAAGUUUUGUGAACAAGUCAGCCGUAGACAUCUCCAUCCUGCAGCGGUCCUUGGCCAUUUUGGAGUCCAUGGUGCUCAAUAGCCAUGACCUUUACCAGAAGGUGGCGCAAGAGAUCACAAUUGGCCAACUGAUUCCACAUCUUCAAGGGACAGAUCAGGAAAUCCAGACGUACACUAUUGCAGUGAUAAAUGCACUUUUCCUGAAGGCCCCUGAUGAAAGGCGGCAGGAGAUGGCGAAUAUUUUGGCUCAGAAGCAGCUGCGUUCCAUCAUUUUAACCCAUGUCAUCCGAGCCCAGCGAGCCAUCAACAAUGAAAUGGCCCACCAGCUCUAUGUGCUCCAGGUGCUUACCUUCAACCUCCUGGAAGACAGGAUGAUGACCAAGAUGGACCCCCAGGAUCAGGCUCAGAGAGACAUCAUCUUUGAACUUCGAAGAAUUGCUUUUGAUGCCGAGUCUGAGCCAAAUAACAACAGUGGCAGCAUGGAGAAGCGCAAGUCCAUGUACACCCGGGAUUAUAAAAAGCUUGGCUUCAUUAAUCAUGUGAACCCAGCGAUGGACUUCACCCAGACUCCUCCUGGAAUGUUAGCCCUAGACAAUAUGCUCUACUUCGCUAAGCACCACCAGGACGCCUACAUCCGGAUUGUACUCGAAAACAGCAGCCGAGAAGACAAGCAUGAAUGUCCCUUUGGCCGCAGCAGUAUAGAACUGACCAAGAUGCUGUGUGAGAUACUGAAAGUGGGCGAACUGCCUAGUGAGACCUGCAACGAUUUCCACCCGAUGUUCUUCACCCACGACAGAUCCUUUGAGGAGUUUUUCUGCAUCUGUAUCCAGCUCCUGAACAAGACCUGGAAGGAAAUGAGGGCAACUUCUGAAGACUUCAACAAGGUAAUGCAGGUGGUGAAAGAGCAGGUUAUGAGAGCUCUUACAACCAAGCCUAGCUCCCUGGACCAGUUCAAGAGCAAACUGCAGAACCUGAGUUACACCGAGAUCCUGAAGAUCCGUCAGUCUGAGAGGAUGAACCAAGAAGACUUUCAGUCUCGCCCAAUUUUGGAACUCAAGGAGAAGAUUCAACCAGAAAUCUUAGAGCUGAUCAAACAGCAACGCCUGAACCGCCUUGUGGAAGGAACCUGCUUUAGGAAACUCAACUGCCGACGGAGGCAAGAUAAAUUUUGGUAUUGUCGGCUGUCACCCAACCACAAAGUUCUGCACUACGGGGACUUGGAAGAAAGUCCUCAGGGAGAAGUACCCCAUGAUUCCUUGCAGGACAAAUUGCCAGUGGCAGAUAUCAAAGCUGUAGUGACGGGAAAGGACUGCCCUCACAUGAAAGAGAAAGGUGCCCUGAAACAAAACAAGGAGGUGCUGGAUCUAGCCUUCUCCAUCCUGUACGACUCCAACUGCCAACUGAACUUCAUUGCUCCUGACAAACAUGAGUACUGCAUCUGGACAGAUGGACUCAAUGCGCUGCUGGGGAAAGACAUGGUCAGCGACCUGACCCGGAAUGACUUGGACACCCUGCUCAGCAUGGAGAUCAAGCUCCGCCUCCUGGACCUGGAAAACAUUCAGAUCCCCGACGCCCCGCCCCCGAUCCCCAAGGAGCCCAGCAACUAUGACUUUGUCUAUGACUGUAACUGAAGAGGCCAGGCGGGAAGCACCCCAUCCAAAACUGGAAAAUCAGCCUAGCUAGUGGAAGAGAGGAAUAAGAACACACCCACAUCUUAGAAUCCUCUUCGGGAAAGGGAAGCCGUGGGUCAACACUUUGGCCUCACCUCUAACCCCGGCAAUUUUCUGCCCCUACCAGGAGCCUUGUUCCCUUCACUGAUUCUGUUUCUAGACUCCAUUGCUUUACGUCACUUCCUAUGGCUACGGUCCACAGGUGGGAAAAGAGCAAACCUCUCCACCAGUAA